AUGGCCCUGUCUGCAAGUCCAUAUCCAGUCCAUGAUGAAACAGCUGACCUUGGAUCUCCAUCUGUGCAUCGGACGUCAGACCGUCCUCUGGUUGUUGCCAUGCCUGCGCCCAACACCUAUGCUUAUAAGCGGCCUACCGUUACACAUAGAGCGCUGAGACAUGAUAAUACAGUUGCAGAGACUAUUCUAUCAGUCAUCUAUACUCAGUGUUUUGAAGAGCUCAAGAUCCAUAGCACAUAUAUUCUGUUAUGGGGUAUAACAAGGAAUGUUUCGGAGAAUUCGGAGCCUGCGGACAAGACAAUUGAGAGAGACCUGAAUCAAAAAAUAUGA